AUGUCAGGUCCACCCGGAUCUGGGUCCCAACAACCUUAUUCGCAUUCGCAAUCCAGCCCGCCUGCAAUCAAGUUGGAUAGAUCCUCGCAAGGUGAAGCUGGACCAUCCAGAUUCCCCAAUCAUCAGUAUCCGUCAGGUAUUUCCUCGAGAAAUAUCGCAUCGACCUCUUCUCAAUACAUAUCCUCGUCUCAGUCCAGAAUUGCAAGAUCACAUGCUCAUCGACCGUCCGAUGCUAUUGAUUUGACGCAAAAUCACAAAGGCAAAGGGAAAGCUGCCGAACCGAUAGAUCUGACUUUAAUUGAUACGGACGAAGAGGGAGAAAUAGAGGAAAUGGGUAGAGCGAAGCUGCAAAGUAGCUCAGGAUCGAUAGUGCUGAUGGAUAAAGAUGGACGACCCGUAGGAGGCAAAAGCAAGGGGAAAGAUCCACCCACUAAGACUUUCCUUGAACCUCCAUCAUCAUCAUUUAUACCUGGGCGACCUAGAAGGGAUGGAAGGGCGGACCCAGGUCAGACUCAUCCUGCAGGUAUUCGCAACCCCGCUUCGGCAAUGUUGGCGAGGAGAAAUUUCGACGCUCAAGGAUUGAGUCGACACCAAGCUAUCGAUCUGUGUUCCAACUCGUCUCGCUCCGCGUCACCUGAAGUGCUUCAACUGAUUAACGAUGGGAAUGGCAGGCUUCCACCUAGAGAUGAUCCAGUGAAACCCACUUUGACGCAGGCCAACAAUCUCCAUCAACGCAAUUUCACUAAAUCAGCCUCGUCCCAAUCCAUCAACCUCGGACGAACCGACCUUGCUCGUUCUCCCUCUACUUCUAGAACCGCCGUCAAUUCCAAGAAAGCUGCAUCUGGCUCGCCACGAAGAGUAAAGAGGAUGCCGAAACAGCCCACUGUCCAUAGAAUGUCAAAGGACGAGUGGGACGCUGCAGUCGACGAGCGAAAGAAGACGAUGGAGGCUGAGAAAAUGCAGAGAGACUCACGAACACCCUCCUUACAGAGCACAUCACCUCAGACUUCAAGGAGAUCAGCCUCAAAGGAAUCUUCAACAUUGGGAACACAAGUUCAUAAAGUCAUGAAUGAAUCACCAUUAAGAAAACCUAUCCCACUCUUUAAAACGGAAAACUCACCUUCAAGAAGAUCUCCAAUUCAGACAUCUCUUUCACAAGGUCCGACACAGGCCCUCUCUCUCUCUCAAAACCAGAUUCGGAGCAAGUCGAAAACACCUACAAAAUCCCUGACACAACCUCAUAUCGUCACACCCCAUCCUAGAGAUUCCUGCGCUCCUAGACUCAAUGCUGAAGCUGGUCCUUCGAAACCCACUCAGUCUUCUGUCAAGUCCAAACACUUUUCUCCUUAUCAACCGGGCAAGGACGAACGCCCGCAUCGACCUCAACCCGAAUUGCAGCCCAGAAAACCAUCCAGAGAGAGACCACAACCUGGAGCAUACACUUUACCACCUGUAGAAACGAGUAUACAUGAUUGGCCUCGAACGCAGAGUACGUAUAGUGCCGGAGGAUCGAAGAAGAGGAAUAGUCUAAAUCAAUCUAGAGACAAGGAGAAGGGUAAACAGAAUCAAUCGGUAUCACCUCAAAAAAGGAUCCGGCAAGAUCAACUAUCAACCACUUCAUCUGUACAAAAGUCUACUCCCGACAAUUCAUCUACGCAAUUAUCAAUGAAAUCACAUGACACCCUUGAACUCAAACAGGAUAAUAUCAUUUUUCGAAAUUCAAGUUCAACUUCUUCCUCCCUGACUCCUCUGUCCAGCCCCACUUUUCCAACAAGCUUAUUCCACAACAAUGAGAAAGAAAGAUAUGAACCUUCGCCCGUCAAAUCGCUUAGUGCGAGUCCAGUGAAAGGUAAACCGUUCCCUAGGUUGUUUGGCGAUGAGACGCCCCUGUCCAAGAUUUACACCCCCAAGAAGGAUGAAAGCGUGCUAGGAGAAGAGGAUGAGAACGAUAGUAAGGAUCCUUCUGGGAAUGCUGAGGAUAUCUUUGCGGAAUUUGCCGAUUUCGAUUGGGCUGCGAGCGACGAUGAAGCUCCCAAGGAAGGUUCUGACUUGGUCCAGGAUCCAUCAGAUCUACCAAAAGACAUCGAAUCUGUUGACCAAAAUCAACAUCCCAAUGACAAUACAUCUUCGUCUCGUAUCGAACCUGUACUAGCUACAAGCCCACACAAGCGACCCUCAUCCUCUCAAACCAUGGUCGCAAUACAACUUGAACCUGGACGAACUUCACCUACGACCCCUCGAUCAUCGCAAAAACGAUCUCGACCAUCCACGUCACCUACACAAUCGUGCAAACGGAGAAACAUUUCUGAGAAGUAUACCAAGUUUCUCGAAGAGGAACGUAUCAGGGUUGAAACGGAGAAAGAGGCAGAGAGGGAGAAAGAAAAGCAAAUGGAGAGUGAAGCUCAGGAUCUGUUGGAGACGAAGCAGCACGAAGGGAAUGAUGAGGAUGGUGGAGGUGAUCUGGAUGGGUUCCUUGAUAAUAUCGCUCCCACAUCACCUGUUAAACCCAACAUGAGAACUGCCAUCCAGUCUCGCCAGGAAUCUCGAAAAGCCAAGAUUGAAGAAGCCAAAGCUACACGACGAAAAGCCAAAUUGGAAGCUAUACAACAAUCCGCCAAAGCUGAAAGACUCGGAACCAAGAAGCUUGAAGAUCAGAAAUUCAGAAGUGUACUCAAAGUGAUCAAUAAGAAUAAAGAUAUUAAUGAUUUUAUUGAAGAAUAUCAACAGCGAAGACAAGGUGAAGAGGCAUAUCCCACUCCGGAAACCGAAUGGGAUGAUGAUGAUGAUGAUUCUCCAUUGUCUUAUUCAUCCGAUCUGGACGAUUUAGAAGAUAUAAAGAUGGAGUUGGACCGAUCGUUUGAUAUCGAUGUUGAUCUGGAUGCCUUAGAGGGAGAGGAUGGAUUCAACGACGUAGUUGAAGAGCUGAGGAAAGAAGGUGUAGGACUGGAUGAUAGUUUGAUAAGGGAUGCGCGAGCAAGUAUGACCUCUUCGAAAGUUAGGAAAGAUCAAGGGUUGACUUGGGAAGGGUUCUGGGAGAGAGAACCUAUACGACCCGAAGAGAAGGACCAGAAGCGAAUUGUGCCCUUCGAUAUCGAUACGCAUGACCCGAUGCUCAAGAUGAUCUGCGAGAUGGCUCGCCAACCGGAUGCAGAUUUGGAAAGUUUGGGUCAUAUCAUGUCUUCGGGAGUGAUGAUAUUCGUGGAGAAAGAUAGAAGGGAGUUGGCAAAUGCUUUAUUCAAUAAUGCUAUCUCAUCCUCUGACCCUACAUGGUCGGCAAUCGCUAGAAGCUGCUUCAGUGAUAUGUUACAGAUGGACGAAUACCUCCGCCGGGAAGAUCUCAAAUAUCUCCUUGGACUUGGGAUUAAGCUCCUGUUGCACUUAGGUGCGAGAAGAUCGACGUUUUCCAAUUUGAAUGAAGAUCUAGGACAUUUUGAGGAUGAAAGUGGGAUAAUGAUUGGACGAGAAGAAGCUUGCGGAAUGAUUUGUAGGAUACUCAUGGCCGAAGCCAGCCGGUCGAACGAUGCCAUCUAUUACCAAACAGAUCCCAGCGGAUCCAUCAAGCCUCAGAAUGUAGGAUGGAUACCGAUACUCCUGCUCAUGUCAAUCGAUAAUUCCACUUCGUCAGCUCUGAAACGAACUAUAGGAGAGACUAUCCAAGUCCUUUUGCAUGAGUCGGUCCUUGAAGCCGAGAAUAUGAUUCAACUUGUGUAUUCCAUCACACGAGCUAUUGUCGAUGCUUCCACCCAAUAUCCGAACGCAGUCAAGGUUGCUAUACUUGAUUCACUCGGUCAGAAGAGUAAUGAAACUACGGUAUUGUAUAGGUGGUUAGCUAUGGAAUGGCUUUUACCUGGUACCAUGGCCAAGGUGGAAACGAUGGAUAAGAGGUCAUUGGUCCCACCCAUCCCGUUUUUGCUCUUAUCAAUCGAUAAUAUAUCAGAUCUGAUCAGACCUCCUUCAAAUACAACGAGUGACGAAAAGAUCGAACCUGAUUGGAGUGAGAUUAACUUCCUCGUUACUUUCCUCUAUGGGUCUAUGUCAGAUAUCGAAACGCUCCUUAGAGAACUUAACGUGGAGUUUAAUAAUGAACAGACUAGUGGGAUCUACGGUGAGAGAUCAAUCAAAGAUUUGAUGCAGGACUGCGAGAUUGAGAGGGUUAGAGAAGGAUUGAGAAGAUGCAGAGAUCUGAUAUCUGAUCAAUCGAAUGGUACGCUGAAAAGUACCGUGAAAGCUCGAUUACAUCAAUUAUAUGAAAUAACUCGAUUGACCUUGAUGUUAAGUAUCACAAAGAAGGUUAGAGCGAAGAGGUUGGGUAAAGGUUUGAAAGUUGGGAAUGUAAGAGGUCAGGCUCAAUUGGAUUUCACCGUCAGACCUGUUGAUAAGAAGGAGCCGAAGAAGACACCAAGUGUUGAAUGA